GUGGGCAUGAGGGCCUGCACCUUUUAUGUACAGCCGUUGAAUUCAGAGAGGAGAGACAACCUUCCGUGGAAGAUCAGACUGAUGACCCGGAGAUUAGUGCAACAGAUGGGAUCCUCCAGGACCAAGCAUCAGGGCUUGACAGCCCAGGCCCAGCUUGGCAUCAAAACUCUAUCGGCACACAGGAUCGGCAGGACGGCCUGCUAGAAAGUGCUGCAGAAUCCAGUGAAACAGCACAGCGUUCAGUGGGUUCUCAGACCGACGACAUGGAGAUCUGCAAGGGGCAGUUUUCGGUCUACAUUUCUACCCUGCAAGAUGGCAACGGCUCAACACAGAUUACACACCCCAGGGUGCCGUCUGUGUCGUCACGGCAAUCUGGUCCUGACCAAAGAACAGGGUGCUUCCAAGGCUACGAGAGUGUCCGUCAUUCUCCUACGUCAUUGGAGGACUUGUGCAGUGUGACCACAACCGUGUUUGCCCUGCUUCUGAGCAUGCUUCCUGUAGGUUCAGAACGAUCAGUGGACACAUCAUUGGCAAACAAGCUCCUCUUGUUUCUGAUGAAAAUGAAACUAGGGAUGAGCUACUCAUCACUUGCAGUGUUGUUUUGUAUACACCGCACCACAGCAUCACGGCAUUUUCGUACUGUGCUUGCAUCACUGUCUGCUGCAACUGAAAAGUGGAUUUUUCGCCCACCAUCUUCAAUCAUCCUGUCCAUGCUGCCCCAGUGCUUUAAGGCACACUACCCAGAAUGCAAAAUGAUAAUUGAUUGUACCGAAGUUCGCACAGAGGAGCCGGGCUCUGUGGCUCAACAGCGUGCCUUGUAUUCUGCAUACAAAUCAGGGUACACUCUGAAGUUUCUGGUCGCAGUGACUCCAAAUGGGAUGAUUUGUUUUCAUUCCAAGGCCUAUGGCGGACGCUGUUCCGACCUCCAUAUUACUGUAGAUUCCCAGUUUUUGAACUUGGUUGAGCCAGGUGACGUGAUAUUAGCAGACAAGGGCUUUCCGGGUAUUAAGGCUAGCGUAGAGGGCAGUAAUGCUGUGCUUGUCAUGCCUCCUUUUUUUUCAGGGGCUGGGCAGUUUAGUUGCCAAGAGGUAGAGGAGACGUACAACAUUGCUCAAGUCCGUAUUCAUGUGGAGCGAAUGAUUCAACGAAUCAAAGUGUACAACAUUCUAAACACUCGGGUACCAAUUUCCCUCAUACCAGUAAUGAGCGAUGUUUUUCAUAUGUGCUGCAUUCUGGCGAACUUGCAACCUGCCAUAAUUGCAUCACAGCCAUGA